AUGACACACUCCAUAUUCAAAAAAGGCGACCGACAUAACUUAGAAGACUAUAGGGGUAUACCUUUGAACUCCUGUGUUGCAAAAGUUUAUAGCACAAUAAUUUCCCAAACUUUAUCAGAAUUCAUUGAAAAUAAUGAUAUAUCAACUGAGGUGCAAGGGGAAUUCCGUAAAGAUAGGCGAUGUGAAGACUAUAUCUUUACUCUAACGAGUAUAAUUGCCACUCGCCAAGCUGAAGGCAAGAAGACCUUUCUUGAUUUCAGAAAGCCAUUUGACACGGUUUCGAGGGAGGGUGUCAUGAAAGCACUGGAAGCGAUCGGGAUAAAAGGAAAUUAUUUAUUUAAUAUAAUACGAAACGUAUAUGAAAAUAUCAAUUGUAAAGGAAAGUUUGGUGAUAUUGAAACUGAGUUCUUUUAA